UCCCUGGUUUUCCAUAUUCACGCUACAAUUCUUUAAAAUACUUUCCCUCACAGAAGUCGAGGGAGGAAGGUGGUGUCUUGUUACAAUGCAAAUUCUUUCUCUUAAAACCCCUCAACAUCUCUCAGCCUCCUGCAGAAUAAAAUCCCAAGUCCUUUAAUAUGACCCAGUUUGAUAUCUUCCCGCCCUUUUGCUAUCCCCUUUCAAGCUCUUUAAGGGCAGAGCCUAGCUCAUUCUUGCCUCGGGGCCUUACAAGUUGAUUCCCGCGCUGAGAAUUGGCUACUCCUCCGAGCCCAAGCUUCUUGUAGUGUUUAUUCCUGGGCCGCCCCCAUUUUCUCCUCUGUCCUGUUCAUUGCUUUGAAGCAUUUAUUUAUAACUAGACUUCCAUUCGCGUGCGUUCACAUCUAUUAUCCAAAAGACAUGCUCUCAUCCCUAGGUGGUCAGGCUCUGGGAAAGAAGGACUGGGUGGGUCUGGCUCCUGAAACUCUCUGUACUGCUCGGCACAUAGUAAGGCGCCUAUUGGUGACUUUGUUUAGGUCAAUAAUAAGUCAGUGCAGGCUGAACCAGGACAGAAUCUCCAACGUAGAGAAAGGGGUUCCAAAGACUCUUCCGCUGACCGAGGCCUAAGUUUCCUCUUCCUCGCCCCGCAGGAAUGCCGUGACUCCAAAGCGCUCCGGGCUGAGGGACAGCUUCUGGCCGGCCGCACAACCUCGCCCGAAUUCUGGUCCACAGUAACCCGAUCUCCCCUUUAGGCGGCGCUCGGGACAGCAGCCGCCCAAAGGCACCGCGAGGCAUCACGGGACUUGUAGUCUCAGCUAUCCAUACCCACUACGCUUGCGCAAUGGUGAAAAGCACACCGCACCCCCAUCGGCGUUCCGGGUCCUCGUGAGAGGCAGUCUAGGUGACAACGUUCCAACCCAAUACAGCUCUUUCUCCCUCUGCGGACAAGCCGAGUGCAGGGAAGACUCUGCUCUGGGAGGGCUAUCAUGAUGCCCUGGAAAGAGGCCGGAAUAAGCAUACCCCCACUCCGGAAGUGAGCGGCUUCUGGCGCGAUGCAUUGUGGGGGGCGUAGUCCUCUUUCCCAGGCGGUCCUUCGCGGCGUCCCCGGGGCCGACUCCGGAGCGCAGGCGGGCAUCCGGGCUGGCGGCGCGGCGCGGGCCAGCGGGAAGCGUGUUCUGGGCACGGGGCGCCGGGCCGGAUCCGCUGCUCAGGGCGGCAGUAGUGGGAGGCUGCCUAAGGCCUCGCGCGGCGCCGCCCGUCGAGGAGCGGGCGGCGGGGGACCGACCCGGCCGUCGAAGGGCGCAAGAGGCCGGUGGGCCGGGCCGGGCCUUGCGGCGCAGCCAUGCCAGGCUUUACGUGCUGCGUGCCAGGCUGCUACAACAACUCGCACCGGGACAAGGCGCUGCACUUUUACACGUUUCCCAAGGACGCUGAGUUGCGACGCCUCUGGCUCAAGAAUGUGUCCCGUGCUGGCGUCAGUGGGUGUUUCUCCACCUUCCAGCCCACCACGGGCCACCGUCUGUGCAGCGUUCACUUCCAGGGCGGCCGCAAGACCUACACGGUGCGGGUCCCCACCAUUUUCCCGCUGCGCGGCGUCAACGAGCGCAAAGUAGCACGCAGACCCGCGGGUGCCGCGGCUGCCCGCCGCCGCCAGCAGCAGCAGCAGCAGCAACAACAGCAGCAACAACAGCAGCAGCAGCAGUCGUCGCCGUCCACCUCCACUGCCCAGACCUCCCAGCUGCAGCCGAACCUUGUGUCUGCCUCUGCAGCCGUGCUCCUCACCCUUCAGGCCGCUGUAGACAGUCAGGCUCCAGGAUCGGUGCCACCGGCGCCCAUCACUCCCACCGGCGAAGACGUGAAGCCCAUAGACCUUACAGUGCAAGUGGAGUUUGCGGCCGCAGAGGGCGCAGCCGCUGCGGCCGCUGCGUCGGAGCUACAAGCUGCUACGGCAGGGCUGGAGGCCGCCGAAUGUCCUAUGGGCCCCCAGUUGGUGGUGGUAGGGGAAGAAGGCUUUCCUGAUACUGGCUCCGACCACUCGUACUCCUUGUCUUCAGGCACCACGGAGGAGGAGCUCCUGCGCAAGCUGAACGAGCAGCGGGACAUCCUGGCGCUGAUGGAAGUGAAGAUGAAAGAGAUGAAGGGCAGCAUCCGCCACCUGCGUCUCACAGAGGCCAAGCUGCGCGAAGAACUGCGCGAGAAGGAUCGGCUACUUGCCAUGGCUGUCAUCCGCAAGAAGCACGGAAUGUGAACGCGUCCCCCUGCGGCGACCUGCAGGACUCGUGGACCCCUUCUAGCCCAGGGGAACCUCAAGCCGCUAUUGAACUCUGUACUCCUGGGGUGCUGGUUGACAGCACUGAGGCUUAAGUGCUGGCAGCUGGACUCUUGCUAGUGAUCUGGCACUCUGACUUGUUUCCUCCUGAAGUGAGGGCUGGGGCCUCAGACUCUGCACUGGUGACACCCGCAAUUAUGACUUUGUCUACCCUCCUUCUCCAGUUUAUUUUGCAGAUUCUGGUUAAGCAGAGGCUUCAGAACAACUGAACUUGAAACUUACCCUAUAGGGAUGCAGGUGGGAUGCCCAGGGACUAUGGGUUUGGAAAAGCCACACCUUAAGGUUGGCAAGCAAUCAGAGACAACUCUGUGUAGUGAUAAGAGAUCCAAGUAACAUCAGUUACCCUCCUUUUUAUGCUUUUCCUUCCCAGGUGCAGCCUGUGAUUUUGAUGGGAACUGGUAAAUCUGUGCUUCUGCCUCCUGGACUUCUCUGGGGGCCAUGUAUGAGGGGGUCUGAGUAACCUGCUGAUCUGAUGGAGAUCCAGCUUGCCAGGGACUUAGGUUUAUCCUGUUUUGUUUGCUACUGGUUACAAAUUCUAUUUUCUGUACAAUUAGUCAGACUAAAGUUUUCACUGUGUUUAUUUGGCAAAACAAAUUAAACAAAAAGUAAGGUUUUUA